AUGACUUCUUUAGGAUAUCUCAGCACAUAAAAUACAACUAGGAAUCACUUAUCUAAUACAAUAAUGCCUGGUACUGAUUCUGAAUCUGGCUGUUGGCCACGCUUGAGAUCUUCAAAGAAGCGCUCCAACCCCAAAGCCAAACACACAGGAAAGGAGAUAGGCGCUCAGGAUGCCCAGACCAAAGCUGAGCUAGACCCGAUGACCCGCUCCCUGGCUCUCCACCUUUGCUGCCCAGCCUGUGACACUCUCCUCCUCCAGCCUGUGUCUCUGCCCUGUGGCCACUGCCUCUGCCAGCCCUGCCUGGAAGGCAUCCGCAAGAAGCCCUCCAGCACCAAGGCCUCUGAUGCCCAACAGGCCCAGCCCUACUCCCAGUGCCCCAGUUGCCUGGUUCACUACUCCCUCCAGCCUGGCGGGGCCUGGCCCUUCCCAGAGAAUCUUCUUCUGGCCAAUGUAUCUGAGCAGCUCCUAGAGAGGCUGGAGGGCCUGAGGCGGGUGAAGCAACCCAAAAACACCCGGGCCAAGGACACAUCCCUGAGUGUGUGCGAGAUCUGCUCUAAGCAGCGCGAGGCCCAGAGCUACUGCCGCACCUGUGGCCUCAACAACUGUGCCAAGUGCCUGAGAAAACUCCAUGGCAACCGGUCAUUCCAGGCCCACGUGCUGACGGAGCCCGUGGAGGGUGGGUGCCGCGAUCCAUGCCCCACCCACCACGACAGCUCCCUGUCCCACUGUUGCCUUGACGAUGGAGUUCUGGGGUGCCAGGGGUGCAUGGAACAGGGGCACCAGGGACAUGACGUGUCACCCGUCCACGAGGCCCGCGCCCGCAGGGAGGUGGGCAUCCGCAAUUCACUGGAGCAGGCUGAGAAGGUGAAGUCCCAGUGUGAAGCCGACAUGGUGUCCAUGGACCAGUUGAGGGCCCGAACGGGCUCCGACGGUGCCGAGCUGAGACGCCGCAUGCGCGAGGGCUUCCUGUCUCUCCGUAAUGUCCUGCUAGACCAGGAGGCGGCACUGCUCUCCCACCUGGACAUCCUGACCUCCAGUACCUGCAGCGGUGCCAGGGACUUCCUCCAGACCUCUGCUCCACUCCUGGGCUCCCUGACUGGGCUGGAGGUGAUCUCUGAGCAGGCCCUCUUGGAGCCCGACACCGUGGCCUUCCUGACUGGGGCCAUGGCUCUGACCCAGUGGCUGCAGAAGGUCAACGGGGACAUCCACCGCCCUGCCCUGACUCUCCAGGAGGGGGAGCCCUUCAAGGGGGUGAAGAUGGACUUUGACGCCCUCCUUAGAGACCUGCAGGGCCUUCUGGGGACCCACCUCCACUGGAAGAGCCCUGAAGUGGAUGCAGUGGUUGCAUCAGCGACCAGCGUGGAGUCAGACGUUUUGGAGGGGUGCUGCGAGGUGUUGCAGGUGCCAUCCUGCCCAGGGACCCCCCACCGCACCCUGGCCCUGGCGGACUCCCCCCUGAGCCCCCGGAAGCCCAAGAGCCCCAGAAAGCUGGUGAUGGAGGAACAGCUGGGCAUGUCGGCUGGGGACUGCAGCGAUAAGGAGCGCCACCUGCUGCCCAGGCCCCCCAUCAUCUACCAGCACAUCGUCAGCGGAGAAACUGUGGAGGUACAGUUACACAGCAACUAG